AUGCCGGGCGUCCCUUGGAACAACCACAGCUUUGUGUCUGAAUUCAUCCUUCUGGGUUUCUCCAGAGAUUCCCAGGUGAAUGUCAUCCUCUUCAAUGUCUUCCUGCUCCUCUACCUCUCCACGCUUGCAGGCAAUGGGCUCAUUGUCACCUUGAUAUUCCUGGACUCCCGCCUCCAUACACCCAUGUACUUCUUUCUCAGCGUUCUCUCCAUGUUGGACAUGAGCUAUGUUACUACCACGGUACCUCAGAUGUUGGUGCAUCUGGUGUCCCAGAAGAAAACUAUCUCUUAUGCUGGGUGCGUGGCCCAGAUGUACAUCUUCCUGGUGUUGGGCAUCACUGAGGGCUGGCUAUUCUCCAUCAUGGCCUAUGAUAGAUAUGUAGCCAUCUGUCACCCACUCAGGUACAAGGUUAUCAUGAGCCCGUGGCUGUGUGGGGCAAUGGUGAUAUUUUGUGGAUUGUGGGGUGUCAGCUGUUCCCUCGUCUACACUGUCUUCACAAUGCGUCUGCCUUACUGUGGCCCCAAUGAAAUCAACCACUUCUUCUGUGAAGUCCCUGCUGUUCUGAAGCUGGCUUGUGCGGACACAUCUCUCAAUGACCGAGUAGAUUUCAUCCUGGGCUUCAUCCUUCUGCUGGUACCCCUAUCCUUCAUCCUGGCCUCUUAUGUGUGCAUCUUUGCCACCAUCUUGAAAAUCCGCUCAGCUCAAGGUCGACUCAAGGCCUUUUCCACUUGUGCCUCCCACAUCACUGUCGUCACCAUGUUCUGUGGACCUGCCAUGUUUAUGUACAUGAACCCAGGGGCCAAUGCCUCUCCAGAGCGGGACAAGAAGCUGGCCCUGUUCUACAAUGUCAUCUCUGCCUUUCUCAACCCCAUCAUCUACAGCCUCAGGAACAAAGAUGUGAAGAGGGCAUUCCUUAAGUUAACAGGCUGGGGCAAGGCCCCUGAGUGA